AUGUCUCUGAACCCCCAGAAAACACCCGUUCUCGCCGUCGUCGGCGUUGGUCCUGGCAUUGGCGAAGCUGUAUCGCGACACUUCGCUGCGCAAGGCUUUACCGUCGCGUUAAUCGCCCGCACAGAGUCUAAACUCCGCGACAUACAGGACUCGAUCAACGCGCAGUAUGGUUCCAACCGCGCCAAAUAUUAUGUCACCGACGUACGCGAUGAAAAAACAGUUAUCUGUACCUUCAGCGAUAUCCGCUCCGACCUUGGCCCUGUGCAUGUCCUGAUUUACAAUGCCGGGUCGAGACGUCUUCGUCAGCGCAAUAUCCUGGAGACACCCUCCGAGGAGUUCGACAGUUUCGUGCGCAUCAACCUGUUCGGAGCUUUCUAUGCUUCCAGAUGCGUGUUGCCGGAUAUGCUUACAGCCGGUGCCGGGACCAUCCUCUUCACUGGUGCUACGGCUUCGGUGCGCGGGAGUCCCGGGUUAGGUGGGUUUUCUCCGGGGAAGUUUGGUCUACGGGCUCUGUCACAGAUGAUUACGCGCGAGUUUCAAGAAAAGGGCAUUCAUGCGGCGCAUGUGAUUGUGGAUGGACCGGUCGAGAGUGAUAUCAUCGGUGAGUAUGUGAGGAAGAGAUGGGAGAAGGAGGGUGCCGGGGAUAAGGUCAAUGAGAAGGAUAGAUAUCUUAUGCAGCCGAAGGAUUUAGCCAGUGUUUAUUGGUACCUGUAUACUCAGCCGAGAAGCACCUGGACGCAGGAGUUGGAUGUGAGGGCUCAGAGGGAGGCCAUGUUUUCGAAGUUGUAA